CACCUCUCCCCCUAAGAUUUUUAACCCCCCAAGACAAUGGAGAUUUAUAGCCCCCCAAGACAAUGAAGAUUUUUAACCCCACAACACAAUGGGUAUAGUAGGGGGGUGGGGGGGUGGUCACCCGAUCCGAUAUAUGUAGACCAUCAAAACACAACGGGGUACUGUAUGGAGAUGACAAAAGCAAGUAUUUGUCAUUGACCUUAACAAAGAGGAAAGGGAAAGGAGACCUGAGUGUAGUAAAACUGAACGUGUACUUUUAAAACAGGGUUAGAGUAAGGACACGAUCCUAUGAAUGAAAAUGGAGUAGAUUGAUUACCCGAGCGUAGUAAAAGAAAAUCGAUAUGGAGUGAAAGGUGUCCUUUUAAAUAUACAGAGAGGAAACUAUGAAUGGAGAUCGGCUAGAUUUGAAUAUCGGUGUUGUUUGAGUAAUGAUACGGAGAUUGGGUAGAUUUAAAUAUCGUUGUCGCUUGAGUAAAGAUACCUGAACGUAAAUGUCUGAGUAAAGAUGCCUGAACGUGAAUAUUUUUUCUAUCUAUCUUUUUCUUUCAUUCUCUAUCAUGUUUUAACCUAAGGGACACGGUUGCGUGAGAAAAUUCCACCUUCUGUCAGUUUGAAGCAAUCUCGACCAAUUGUAAUAUUGUAGAAAAUGCUGCUAGCUACAAGGAAUGUUUUUCUGUCUAUCUUUUCUUUCAUUCUUUAACAGGUGGUUAAUCCUGAGGAACUCUACUGCGUGAGAAAACACCGCCACCUGUCAGAUUGAAGCAAUCUCGACCAAUCGCAAUAUCGUAAAAUACUGCUGACUACAAGGAAUGUAACUUCGAUAAUUUCAUUUUCUGACCAGAUCAAUCGCCGCUGAACAUGAAUACGAACUGCAGAUUGAUUAAUGGACGUGCUGUGUGCCCGCCAGUGCAAUUUCUCACUCCCAGAAUGCGGGGACAAGAGUCCGAUGAAUCUCUAGACAUUAGCAUCACCGCAUUGGUUCUGGCCCUCCUCCUCCUGCUCGGGUGGAUAGCCAAGAGGAUGAUGAGAUACUGCGCCCGAGUGAGGAGGAGGAACAGAGGUUUAGGAACUGUUCCAAAGGACAGUUUUGAAAUGGAACCCCGGCAAGGACUCAACCCCCAAAGACCAUCUGCACCACCCCCGCCACCCCAAGCUAGGUCGCUACCAGAGCCACCCCCGCGGGCGCCUCCAGCCAGGUCUCUGGUACACCCACCACCGCGGGCGCCUGCGGGGGGGGGGGGGAGAUAUAAUCUCCGCUCAGCAAAGAGACCUAGGACAGAGUAGAUGGGGCCCGGCAACAGAUUAGGACAGAGUAGAUCGCCAAAGCUGCUUCCAAGAAGAAGAUUGUUGUUUUUUUAAAUAAUUAAAUUUGUUUUUACAUGA